ACAAAGUCGAGGAUCGAAAUAAAUCGAACUGUAAACAUAGCCUAAAAAUAGAACACCACUACAACAAAAACAACUUAACCUACAAUAAUGUAAUCAAGCUUUAUCUGAUUAUUUCUGUAUUUUUGAUGCAAGUAUUAAUGGUGUAAUAUGUCUUUAGUGUGUAUUGCUAGUAGAAUCAUCUAUUCGAAUCAGAUCACUCGAAUAAUCGGUUAUCAUUUGUUAAAAUUUUCAUCGGGAAAUGUUUGUAAAGUUGAAAAUAAAUGCAUCUUAUUUGGACGUCGUUUUGUGUCAUAUUCUAACUAUCUAAACAAGGAGAAUCAGAAUGAUCCUAAGACGAGUUCAAUGGUUCCAGAUAAUAAGCCAAAGAAGAAGAAAAAAGAGAAACUUGUUUACAUAACUUUAAUUGAAAACGAUAACAUAUCAGUCAUGACUCACGAGGAUGCUAUGAAGUUGUCAAAGAGACGUAACUUGAAACUUGUGCAAAUUAAGGACUAUGAAACGAAAACAGAGAGGGCAACUUAUCAAUUGAUGUCACCUGCUGAACUUAUGGCCGAAGAAAAGAGUUCGAAGAAAGAUAAGAAAGAUUCCACCGACGUCAAACUUCUUUCAAUAACCAGUAAGAUUGAAGAACAUGAUUUAGUUUCAAAAACAAAAAACAUAAUCAAAUGGCUCAACAAAAAAAAUGAAGUUAGAAUAUCCAUUUCCAACGAUGACAACAAAGGGGAGGACGUUUUCAAGCGUAUAGCAGACACAAUUGAGGGCAGUGGUAGAAUAGUUCAGAAGCGACUUAGUAACAAUGCAUUAAAAUUUCACAUUUUACCAAUGAAGCAAUCUGAAGUUAGAGUUGAGAAUGAUAAAUCUUCAUGAUUUGUGGAAGAGUGAAACUUUCAAUUGCUUUAUCUACAAAGGCUGUUUGUACAUUAGACGAACUAUCCAUUUGAACUGCAAAUUUAUCAAGUAGGUGAAUUUUAAUAAUUUAGUAAACUAAAUCUUCAAUUCCAUGCAUUUUUUCAAUAAUCAUACGGUGAAAUAGAAAGAAGAAAAUAAUUACAUGGAAAUAAAAACUAUUGACUUUAUUGAAA